AUGUCCUUAACCAGGCGACCAAGUUUGGUAAACCGCGACGGGAAGUUGCUGUUCUGCCCCUGCGGGGCCAAGCUGAACAUCAUCGAUGUGGAGACCGGAGCUCUGCGCAGCCUCCAGCAGGAGGAGGAAGAGGACAUCACCUCGUUUGCCCUGAGCCCCGAUGAUGAGGUGCUGGUGACGGGCAGCCGGGCGCUGCUGCUGCGGCAGUGGGACUGGAGAGAGGGCAGGUGCACCCGCACCUGGAGGGCCAUCCACGUGGCACCAGUUGCCAGCAUGGCCUUUGACUCCACCUCGACGUUGCUGGCCACAGGUGGCUGUGACAGCACCAUCAAGAUCUGGGAUAUGAUCAAGCAGUACUGCACACACAACCUGAAAGGAUCCUCAGGAGUUGUACACCUGGUUGAGUUCCACCCUGAUGUCUCCCAGCCACGGCUCUUCUCCUCCUCCAUGGAUUACAAGAUCCGCAUCUGGGACUUGGGCUGCAGCCGCUGCCUGGCCACCCUGGACGGGCACUUCAGUGCUGUCACCUCCCUGGCCUUUGCUGAUGGCAACACCCUCCUGAGUUCUGGCCGUGAUAAAAUCUGCCUGGUGUGGGACCUGAAGACCAGAGAAAGUAAACGCACCGUCCCUGUCUACGAGAGCGUGGAAGCCGCUGUCCUGCUGCCUCGAAAGGGAGAUUUCUCCCAGCUGGGUGUGAAGAAGGAGGGGUUGCACUUUGUCACAGCUGGCAGCAAAGGCAUCCUGAAAGUCUGGGAAGUUGCCACAGCUGCCUGUGUGUACAGCCAGACCGUGCCCUUUGAGCUGCAGGAGGAGCCCAGUGAGCACAGCCUGACCCAGUGCCUGCUCCUGCCUGCCAGGAACCAGCUCCUCACCGUGACCGCCGAGCACAACAUCCUGCUGUACGACGCUCACACGCUGCAGCUCAGGAAGCAGCUUGCAGGUUACAACGAUGAGGUUCUGGAUGUGAAGUUCCUGGGGCCUGGUGAUUCUCACAUCGUCGUGGCUACCAACAGCCCCCAGCUGAAAGUGUUUGAGCUGGCAACAUCCCACUGCCAGAUCCUCUAUGGCCACACAGAAACAAUUCUUGCUUUGGAUGUCUUCAGGAAAGGCCUGAUGUUCGUCAGCUGUGCGAAGGACAAAAGCCUCCGAGUCUGGCGGAUGCAGAAGGACGGGCGGGUGAGCUGCGUUGCCCGGGGCCUGGGACAUGCCCACGGGGUGGGCGCCGUCUCCUGCUCCAGAAUGAAAGAAACCUUUGUAGUGACCAGCAGCCAGGACUGCACAAUCAAGAUCUGGAAUAUCCCAGAAUCCCUCACUUCCAAAGCCAAAGCAGCCUUGCUCUCCAGUCCAGAAACCCUUCAUGCAAAAGUGACCGAGAGGGCUCACAACAAGGACAUCAACAGCGUGGCGGUCUCUCCGAAUGACAAGCUCCUGGCCACGGGCUCGCAGGACCGGCUGGCCAAGCUCUGGUCCUCUGCUGAUUGCUCCUUGCUGGGUGUCUUCAUGGGGCAUAAACGUGGGAUCUGGUGUGUGCAGUUCUCCCCAGUGGAUCAGAUCUUGGCCACCUCUUCAGCAGAUGGGACUCUGAAGCUUUGGGGUCUCCGGGACUUCAGCUGUCUGAAGACCUUUGAAGGUCACGAUGCCUCUGUACUGAAGAUCAUUUUCGUAAGCCGAGGAACGCAGCUGCUCAGCAGUGGUUCUGAUGGACUCUUAAAACUCUGGACAAUUAAAACAAAUGAGUGUGUGAAAACCUUAGAUGGUCACGAAGAUAAAAUCUGGGGUCUUCACUCUAACAAGCAGGAUGAUAUGGUGGUGUCAGCAUCCAGUGACUCCUGCAUCACGCUGUGGAAGGAUGUCACUGAAAUCGAAGAGAAAGAGGCACAAGCUAAAGAGGAGGAGCAGAUUCUGAAAGAACAAGAGCUUUCUAACCUGCUUCAUGAGAAAAGAUACCUCAAAGCUUUAGGGCUGGCAAUCUCUCUGGAUCGUCCACACACAGUGUUGAUGGUGAUCAAAGCCAUCCUCAAGGAAACUGAUGGGAGAAAGCACUUGGAAGAGAACAUUGUUCGGCUCCGGAAGGAUCAGAAAGAGGCCGUGUUAGCAUUCCUGGUGACAUGGAAUACCAACUCCCGGAACUGCCACGAGGCCCAGGCUGUGAUGGAAACCCUGCUGAAGCACGAGGCACCAGACAGCCUCCUGCAGUACGUGGGCAUCAAACCCGCCGUGGAGUCCCUGCUGCCCUACACCGAGCGGCACUUCCAGCGGCUGGGCCGGCUGCUCCAGGCCUCCAUGUUCAUCGAGUUCAUGUGGCAGCACAUGCGGCUGAACGACCCUGCCCCGCCGGACGUGCCCUCCUGA